GUUAUGAUGAAAUAUAGAAUCACAAAUCACGCGAUCAAUGUCGUUAAUUUGUAUGUUUCAAUAAAUAGAAUGAUUAAUUAGACAAUUUAUCUUAUAAUGGCUUCUGUGCAUGGCUAGACACCUUCAUUUUUUCCAAAUUAAGCAAGUGCAAGAAUGUGAAAAUUUUUGACAUUCAGUAAAGAUCGAAUGGCCGAACGUACACCGAUAAGAUCAGGGAAUUUUUCUCUAUAAGGUGGUAUAUUUAACUUGUUAAUUUAACCAGAAGAGGACAAAUCCUAGUCUGGAAUUUUUCAAAUAUUUAGACUGCUGCGCUUUACGUCAUAGAGAGUAGUCGAGCCCAAAUAGGCAAGAUUUCGAAGAAAGAACUCUCAUACCUUGGAAAUAAACUACCAUCAAUAAAAUACACAUGCUUUUACGCGUUGAUCCUGCAGACAACUUACCACCAGUCAUUUACCAACUUGCGUUCAGUCACAGUGUCGCCUAUCCUAGCAGCUGGCUUGUUAGAUCUUUAGAGGCUCAAUCACUCGCACUUGAACACAACAAACCAAAUGUAGCAGACAAGUCAUCUUGGUUGAUUCACUUGGUAAAUCAAGUUUGUUUCGACUUAGCGGCAAAAUCAGUUAGAGUUGAAUUAACAGAGGAGGCAUACCACGAGCCAAUCCACAUCGCACUUAGUGAUGAUAGCUUUGAAAAAGUUUCAUCCAUCGUCAGGGACGUACAAGACGCAUGUGCUUUAGCACGCGAGGAGCAAGAACAAGCCCACGAGUUUAAGAACCGCUCCUUGGAACUCUCAAGAAGUUCAUCUAGAAGCUCGACUGACUCCAACCAGUCAAACAACUUCAUCGCGUCAGUGUUCUCAAUCUUUUCAUCUGGACGUAGCGACGCCAGCAUCUCACCACCACCUUCACCAUCACCAUCUAACGAAAGUGGUAAGAUCAAUAACACUCAAUCACCUUCACGUGUAUUGCGCUCCAGAGCACGUGCUAAGCUUGCGGAUGCUUUCAGAAGAUACGUCUUGCCAGCACUCAAAGCUCAGCUCGUUGGUGUCGCAGAGGAGUUACCAGAAGGUAGAUCAAACGUUGACUACUACGAGUUCCUUGCUCAAGCAAAGAUCACCGCACAUGAGCGUGAAGUAGCAAAGUGUAUCGUUGAAGGAAAGCUCAUCCAACAUCAAAUUGAGACAAUCGGUGAUAACUCUCACCGUUCACGUAAAGGUGCACUCGCAGUUUUACAAGAGAGUUUAAUUUCAAACAAUCAAGCACCUUCACUUCGUCAAUUGAAAGCACAAGCUGAUGCACUCAACAAGCGCCGUGUAAAGUUGGAAAACAAGACUAUGUCACUUAAGAGCACCCUUGAGAAUCUUCAGCAAUAUACAGCAAAGCGCGAAGCUAUUUCAAAAGAACACGCUGCUGAAUUAGAAGCAGCUUCAUUGCGUAGAAAUGGUUUAUUGAUGGCUUCACAAGUCGCUCCAAAGCCAACUUCAUUCGCUCCACGCCGUUCUUCACCAUUGAAGGAAGUUUUAGUUGGAUAAACUAGCUGUCCUUGAAUUUAGUUUUAAAAUCCCACUCUUCUGCUUUCUUUUAGCAAAAGACAGGUAGAUUUUGAUCUUACAAGUUCAAAACACCUAAUCAGUCUACAAUAAUUUGCGUUGAUAGUGUUUAUUCUUUAAUAACCGUUCCGCAUUUAUUGAUUGAACGUCAGGCCCUUGUCAAAUUUAGUGUCACUCGUUUUAACUUUAUUUCUUUCAACUUUUGACAAGCGUUGAUCUUGACUUUAUUCGUAUUCCUCUGGUUGAUUUGUUCCCAUUGGCUUCGCUUACGAAUAUCUUAGUAUUUUAUACUAACCUUCUUUGGUUUUUUUUUUUAUAUUUAUUUUACACAACAUUGUCUAUCCUUAUUUAUGUUUUCUUUUUCUUUUUAACUU